GUGGCUAUACAACUGGUCCUAAAGCACUUGUGGAUCUUCUGCGCCAACGUUCCCGCCCCUACCUCUUCUCCAACAGCUUGCCUCCAGCUGUUGUGGGCUGUGCCUCCAAAGCUCUGGACCUACUCAUGGAGUCCAAUGUCAUUGCGCAGUCCAUGGCUGCCAAAACUUCACAGUUCCGAAGUAAGAUGGCAGCAGCUGGAUUUACAAUUUCAGGCAAUAAUCAUCCUAUUUGCCCUGUGAUGUUGGGUGAUGCCCGGUUAGCUUCAGUGAUGGCUGAUGAUAUACUAAAAAGAGGCAUUUAUGUCAUUGGCUUCAGCUAUCCUGUAGUGCCCAAAGGUAAAGCCCGCAUCCGAGUUCAGAUCUCAGCUGUUCACAGCGAAGAGGAUAUUGAUCGAUGUGUGGAGGCCUUCAUUGAAGUGGGGCGUAAACAUGGAGCCUUGCCUUAAGCAGCUGCAGGAAAAGAACCGUGCCUUUCUACAACAGGAACCAAAUGUUGCCAAAAUACCUCUUUGCUUUCCAAGCGACAAGGAUUGUGGAAAUUAAUAGUUCCAAAUUUCCCAGUUUGCCUGCUCUUUUUAUAUGGAUUAUUUUGCUAUAGUUCCAAUGAUACAGUGUUAAUUGAAGGUCUAUGUUCUUCUAAGAACUAUAGUUCACUACUAUGCUAGAAGAUUAAUAAAGAUUGCCUCUCCUGUGGUCAAAGGCAACCAGAGCUUAUAACACAAGGGCUUCAAACUCAAGGCCCAGGGGCCGAAUGUGGCCCAUGGGGCCACCCUGGAAACUGCAAAUGGGCAGGCCAUGCACAGCCUGAGCUCCGUUUUCACUGGCAGAGGGGCUGCAGGAGGCUGUUGAGGCCAAAAACAGAGCCCAGGUGGGCCGAGUG